AGUGGUGCGUAAGGCAGAGAGACAGAGGGCUCUUUGAGUCCGCAUGGCUACAGAGGAGGGAAAGGGUAUCAGAACCAGGGACUAACUUUACCCUUCAGGUGGGAAGGUGGAUAAUAGGACUGUUGACUACUGAGGAGACUUAAGAAGAAUUGACAUAGAGACAAGAAGCAAGCAAACAAAACACUGCAAAAGAAAUGUCCCCAUUCCAUCACAUCUGUGUGACUCAGAUUGGACGGGAUUAAAAUAGAGCUGGAUUCUCAAGAGAGAAGGAGAGAGAGACACAGCGAAAGAGAGCGAGAGAGAGAGAGAGAGGAAGAAGAAGAAGAAGAAGCAAAAAGGCUGAGGGGAAGGCUGAGGGGAAGGCAGAGAGGAAUCCACACCGCGGCGUAAACAGACCAGCCUCGACCUGCAGGCCCAGCUGACCCCCUGAAGGCAUGAGAUCGGGAUCGGCACAGGCGACCUCAUGAUUUCAAAGACGUGCUGCAUUCCAUAAGCCAUGUUUUGGUCUCUGGCCCUGGAGACUGGGUCCUCAGAGGGGCGAGGGAGGCACAGUUUUGCAGAACUGAAAGCGUAAUUGUGCGCAUCCGAUCCUCCACCCCAUCUGCACCGUGCUCCCCUCCAUAGUCCUCUUUCUGCCACAUCACACAGAAGAAGAGAGACAGAGGGCAAAAGGGCAACAGACAGACAAGGCAGAGAGAUAGAGGGGAUGCUCAAUCACAUCAGAGGAAUUAACCUAGUCCGGAGAACAACACAAGCAUUUGGACUUCGCUGAUUUCGCCAGAGAACAAGUGACCCAAGCAGAUUGAUUCUUUGUAAUAGUAGUCCCUCCCCCUCCCCCCCCAGCCCCAUAUACAGUAAUACACUCCCGGCCUCCUACCCUGCAGCUCAGCGGCCUGGAGGAAUCAGGUCAGGCCUGUGCCCUCACCAGUACAUGAAGAAGGCCUGAGGGGUGUUCCUUGUGGCUGCGUUGAGGUGACGACAACAUGGAGGAGGAAAUUCAGGGCUUUUUCAUGGAUCUGUGGACUACAGCCACCGCCAAGCACGACCUGGGCUCCUACAACACGGUGUGCCUCGUGGUGCUGCUGGCUCUGCCGUUGGUGGUCUUCCUCACCAUGCUGGUGGUCUGCUGCCACUGCUGCUGCUGUCGCCAUGGCAGCUGCUGCCAAGGUUGCGGUGGCGGUGGAGAGGGCACGGGCGGCAGCCACAGGUCAGAGAAAAGGAGGAAGAAAAACGGACCCUCUAAGAACGAGGACUUGUGGAUCUCAGUCAAAUCUGGACCCUUGACGCAUGACGUAGUGGGGUUGAGUAUGGUGUAGUUGUAGAGGACUCGCCUUUCCAUGCUCAGGUCUAAGACGGACAUUUACUGUAUUGUAUUUCUUGUUUUUUGUUUUGUUUACUUUUCUUCUUUCAGUUUUUGAAAGGUACAAGCCAUGGUACUGAUUGAAACUGUGGGUUGGACAAUGAAUGUGCCUGCCAGAGGAAACGUGUGUGUGUGUGUGUGUGUGUGUGUGUGUGUGUGUGUGUGUGUGUGUGUGUGUGUGUGUGUGUGUGUGUGUGUGUGUGUGUGUGUGUGUGUGUGUGUGUGUGCCCGUGUGUGUGUGUGUGUGUGUGUGUGUGUGUGUGUGUGUGUGUGUGUGUGUGUGUGUGUGUGUGUGUGUGUGUGUGUGUGUGUGUGUGCCCGCCUGUGUGCCUGUGAAUGACAGAGGGAGUGAAUUACAGAGAGAGUGUUCUGUGAGAUGUUUCUUCAGACACAUCUCAGAUUGCUCAAAUGAUUCUGAACUGUAAGACCUGUCCACGGUCUGAAACUACUGCUUAAACUGUUUUGCACUCCAAUGGAAGACCUUGUGUGCAUUCCAAUAUGCACACUCCCUUCAUCCACUUGUGCUUGUGGCCUCACCCCACCUCCUGGCCCCGCGCCUCCGUGGAGAAAACAAUAAAGUUUCCCUGCUGUCAGCCUAGCCAAAACUUUUGGGGGACUGUUCUUCAUUCACCAUCCAGAUUACAAACGUAAAAUGACAUUAGAAGUGUGCUUGUGCAAAACAUUGAAUUCAUUUUCUGUUGUCAGUGACAUCAUCAUGAGGUCACAAGCAGGCAAGUGAGCAAGGGAGGACGGGAGUGUGCAUAUUGGAAUACACCCCUUGUAUGUACAAUCUCCCUUUUUGAUAGUCUAUAAAUGUCCCCAGAGCCGACUGAGAAGAUAUCUUACUGCAUCACAAAAUCCUCCUACUGUAUGACGGUUUAAGGGGGCCGUUUAUCUACGGUAUACAUCAUAAAGUCAUGCUGAGAAGGCCAAAUGGGAAUGUUUUGCACUGAUGUAAUUUUUACUCAGAUUGUUCAUCUGAAAGCAAGAACGUGUUUUCAAUUAAAACCACCGUCGAUUGCAUGUGGACUGUCUCCGUGUUUAAUCUGUGACCCAACAAGGUAAUUCGAUCAUCAGGGGUAAGUAUUAUCUCCUAGAAGACAUGAAUAGUGCAAAUGCAAUUAUUCUUGGAGUGAAGCACAAGCUGCAUUGCUCAACGUGUAUGGAAUGAAAGGUGAAAAAAUAAUGUCAAGUUGGCAUUCAUGACACAUACUGUACAUGUAAGGCAUCAUGACAACAAGGAUACUU